UCGUGCCUACCCCUCAAACCUUUACAUCCCCACACCACACCCAACAGACAAAAAAUACUUUUGUGUGUGUAAUUUACAGAGAUGAGAAUAAGAAAGCAUGCCAAAAUUUCCCCGCUCCUCUAUUCUUCUUCAUUUCUCAAACAACAAGUUCCCGUUCCCGUUCCCGUUCCCGUUCACGUUUGCCAGCUGAAUCAGUCUCCUUGGGAUGUCAUCACAUUCCCCUUAGAACAAGACGAAGAAAACGAUAACCCAGAAAUAAACCAGUCUCUACUUCGCCCACCACCGCCGUCUUCUUCUUAUCAGCUGGAUGGAUAUGAUAGCUACGCUGUAAAUGGGACCUCUUAUGAUUCAGAGCAGAGCAUCACGUCGAUGAAGCUGGACGACGACGAAAGGGAAACGAAGAAAGAGAUGGAUUGUUCUAAAUGGGAUAACUUUGACAAUAAUAAUAUUGUUGCUGAUGAUUUCGUUAAGUUUGAGAAGGAAUUUGAGAAAGAGAAAGAGAACGAGGAGAUGGAGGAGCAGCUAGGGUUGGAGAAAGAUGGAGAUAAUAAUAUAACGACAUUGUGUUGCAAGAAUGAUGGGAAGGGAUGGCAAUGCAGUAGAGAGGCAAAAGAAGGGCACAUUUUAUGCGAACACCAUAUUGCUCAGGUGAAGAAGCAAUACAGCGACUCAGCUCAUUCUACUUCUAAGCUGACUACGGCGGCGGCGGAGUCCCGCGGCCGCCCCCAUCGUCCUAAGAAAUCAUCAUCUUCCGAAUUCUACUAUUAUUCGGGUUUUGGUCCUUUGUGGGGCAAGAAAAGAAGUCAUGCGAAGACUGAUCCUGCAACUAGUGACAGUCACGGGGCAAAGUCGUCUUCUUCUUCUUCCCAAAUGGAUACUGAAGAAUUUGACGAAGAUGAAGAAAACGGUAAGAUCAAAAGAGCCCGUAAGCCCAUAAAAGCUAGAUCACUCAAAUCUCUUAUGUGAAAUUUAAUGCAACUGCAGUUUUUAUUUUGAGUUUAGUUUAUCAGUGUUUUUGUCGAGACGUGUUGUGAUUAUCGUAGAAUGUUAUUAUUAUUAUUUUUUUUAAGUAGGAGUAAUGUUCUUUAUUUAGGGUAUGGUAGAUUAUUUUGGUUUCAUGGUUAUAAGUGUUCUACUGUAGGUGACAUUAGCUUUUUUGCUUCAGUACUGUAGCCUUGGCAUGUGU